GUGGCCAUGGCUAAUGUUACGAGUGGCAGGAUGACGCCCGCCGACCUUCUGCGCUUCGCACUGAAUGUGCAAUUUCGGUACCAGAUCGACUUCUUCUUUGGUGUCGUUUUCAGCCUGGCUUCUGUCGAGUUUGAAUGGAACUUCAUGCGGGAAAUGGCCUUCGCGUACUACUGCAGCUACGAUUGUUUCGACGCGGCUCUUUCGGGCGUGAACGCUCAGUUGAAGACAAAUUACACUCGGCAGGAUAUCGGCGACUGGCAACAACUUCUUCCACAUCAGAGCGACGCUGGGGAGCCCGGGAACAUCGCGACAAAAGAGCUCCUCGACGCCUUCGGGGGCCUGGACGUUUCUCUGUUCGAGGCUAUUAUGAAAGAGAUUUAUCCGGAUUUCAGCGACAAGCACCUUAUAUAUUCAUCUGCCAAACGGGCUCUUCUCGCAGAAAUUGGGAUCCUUUGGAAUGUCUCCGCUCAGCCGAUGUCGCUUUGCUACAUGCUGACGUGCGUAGUAAUCAGCGCGACGGUGGAGGUCCAGGAAUGGUCGGUGCUAGAUUUCCCGACGUCAGAGAUCUGGCAAGUAUGUACUAGCCAGUCCAGCCGAUUCACUGAACUGUGGCGCAGGGCCUACGUGGACGCCCUCACAAGCCCGGCAAAGGACGCCCGAAUGCGCUCAAUCUUCGCGGAAACAAGGAAGGCACUCCUGCAAUACGGGCCGCUACUGCAGAUCAUGAAGGCCGGUAACGACACGGGCAAAUUCGAGGCUUUCGUCCGGAAUGCGUCGCUGCUGCUUCCCAACGACCUCUUGCUUAGUGACGUGCGCGUGCCCACACUGCCAGAGCACGGUUUUGUGGGCAACUUUUUCCGAGCUCUGAGCUUCGACUUCGACGUCAAGCGCGAAGCGUGGCGUCGAGGUGCGCCGCUCCAUGAUGAAAACAAUGACUACGAACUCUGGAACCGCAUGGUGCUGGUGAGCGAGGGCUUGUACGUGUCGCCGAUCGCGUACGCUUUCCUGAGCACCGUUAACGCCAGCCGCGCCUUGCUCGCCGACGCACCGGUGGUCGCGGCUCGAAUGGCAGCGUUGCUGUGGAGGACAGUAGUUCAACACCAAGGAUGGUCGUCGCGGACACUGGCUGCAAUCGAGUAUCACAGACAAUGCAUGCUGAAGUCUUUUCGUGCGAAGACCGACGUAGCCAAUGUACUGCUGGAGAACUCCAUCGCCCUGCAUAUAGCUGCAGGCCUAGCGUCCGGGGCCACGGACAUUUCUACCGAAGGUUCACUCUUCGGCGCCACACCGGACUGGUUUGAAAUGAAGCCGGUCUGGAGCCUGUACAUGAACUCCAAGGCGCGGUUUUUCUACACUCGCUACGCAUAUUUCUGGUGCAUCAAAUACGAACACGCUUCGAUCUACAUCAACGAACCCCUGAGGCGCAGCGCGGACUUUGCAGCCGCUUUCAAAUGUCCGGCUUUUCAGGAAACCGCCGUUAGCAGUGCGUGCUGGAACAACAUGCGGUAGUCACCAGAUGCUUUUCUCUGAUCGUCAAUUUGCUGGCGCAGUGAUGCAUUUCAGGGCCAUUAGAAUCGAGGACAAGGAACUGUAUUUACGAGCAAUGUUAUCGCCUUUAAUUAACUUUCAGUUUUCUCAGGGGGACCAAGAUGCUUCUUUUUUGACAGAGUAGUCUCUGGGCCCAAUUCAGGAAGCUUCAAUUUUGGCGUUCAUGUCAUUGUGCGGUCGCAGGUUAGUUUUGUCUGCCAUGCGCAUAUGGAAGACAUUCCACGCUCAUCUUGAAAUAAAUAACGACGAGUGUGCUUUGCUUUGACAUGUGUUUAGCGAGCGUGUGUCUUGUUAUCAGCUCACGUGAGAGCUUCUGACGUGUAAGUCACUGGUUGUGGUAAUGUAGUCAAAGGAGAGGGGUGACAGAUAGGUGCAGAAUGGAAGUGAGUAAC